AUGGAACUAAGUGUUGAUACAGUUAUCAAAUAUAAUGCCAAUGAUAUGGAGGACAUAGAUUCAAGCCUCGGCGAUAACACAGCUAAGAAAAGGAAACUCAAUAAAAAGUCAGAGUUCCAAAAACAGAGAAUAUCAGCACAUGCUAUCCAGUUGGAGAAUGACAAGCUUGCAGGGCAAGAAAGAAUGUUAGGUGAAGAGUAUCUAUUGCAACAGUUUCCCAAUGAUAAAGCUCGAAUCCUGGACUACAUAUUUAACGAGAAAUAUAAUCAGCACACACCAAUUGUGCGUAUUGGACAGGCGUUUGCCUCAAGAAGUCAUCUGGCAUGCUUGAAACCGAGAACCUGGCUUACUGAAAGUCCAAUCAAUCUUGUUGCAAACAUGCUUCGGAUGGACAUUGAGAAGGAGCAUCAAGAUCAAACAUAUAACACUUGGUACAUGCCAACUUUCUUCACGUGCGAAUUACAAAAAGCCGAACUUGACCUUACAGCUACUUCGAAAUAUCUUGAUGCUGAUAGAUAUGGAGGAAACAUAGAGAUGUGUGAGAAGAUAUUUGUGCCAAUAAAUGAAGAUAAUCAACAUUGGUAUUGCACACAAGUUGACUUUGUAAAAAAGAAGGUGUACAUAUUGGAUUCGUUAUCUAAUUCAACAAAGCAGCGAGGUGUUAUGGUUAGGAAGUUAGUGCAAGUUCUUGAUACUGUGCUACAACACAAAUUUGGGGAUAAGUACAAGUUUCAGGCAUCGUCAUUUGAAUUUGACGAAUCUCCUAACAUUCCUAAACAGUCAAACAGUGAUGAUUGUGGUGUGUAUGUUAUUAAUUUCAUGAAGGUGUCUGAAGUAGAACGAAUGAGUUCAAUCAGGUUUCAAUCAGAGGCUGAACGUUUUAACAUUGCAAUGGAAUUGGUCCUACACCCUAAGAACGCGUGCGGAUUUCUUCCACAAGAUCAUUUGUAG